UUCAGCCACCCAUUAUAUUUUAGUUUCUCCAUAAUCUGACAAUGAUUUAAACCACUCAAAGGGAACUGUUCUCUUCAGACACAGUAUUUUAAGGUGACACCUCAACUAGACUUAGAGCAAGAAGUUAUUGCAUCAUCAUCAUCAUCAUCAUCAUCAUCAUCAUUCUCUGACGAAGUCUGUGACGAAACGCGUAGGGGCGUGGCUUGCUGACGUGUGUGGUCGUGCCCCCUCCUGCCUCGGUGGUCAUCGACGGGUGACGGUGUCCCGACGUGCGGCGGCUGUAUCCAGCGGUCUAGCGGCACGGGGCUGAGGUCCUGUCUCAGGAGAUCUGCCGGAGGUUUGGAGAAUUGCCGGGGGCAUAUGUGUUUUAAAUCAUGUGGUAUUAAGCCCACAGCGGAUUUUGUUCUGGAUGGAUGUCUGCUCACUAUGUACAGUGCUCCUGGUGCUUCUCAUCACCUUCUUGGGGGCUAAAUACAGGAGGAUGAUGUUGGAAAAAGCCAAACUUCCCCCUGGACCAACUCCUCUUCCCAUCAUUGGAACCCUAUACAAGAUGGACAUCAGCAAUAUUGUGCAGUCACUACUGGAGUUGCAUAAAACCUAUGGAGACAUAUUUACUAUAUAUCAAGGGAAUCGUCCUUGUGUUGUGCUGUGUGGAUAUAAAGCAAUAAAAGAGACUCUGAUUGACAAAGCAGAAGAAUUCAGUGGCAGAGCUUAUUAUCCUUCAUUCAGUGACUUUACCAAGGGAGAUGAUGUGGUGUUCAGCAAUGGUGAGAAGUGGAAGGAGCUGAGGAACUUUACCCUGUUAACACUGAGUAAUUUCGGGAUGGGAAAACAUAGCAUUGAGGAGCGGAUAAAGGAGGAGGCUCUGUAUCUCAUUGAUUUGCUAAGAAACACAAAUGGUUCACUGAUAGAUCCCAAACAUAAAUUACAUUGCUCUGUGUCUAACGUCAUUUGCUCUGUCCUGUUUGGGAAACGGUUUGAUUACAAAGAUGAAGAAUUCCAAAAUCUUAUGCAUUGCGUCCAGGACAAUGUAAAAAUUAUGUGUAAUCCUUGGGGGCUGUUGUACAACAUUUACCCGGAGUUCAUGAAGUACAUACCAGGACCUCAUAAGCAACUGAUGAAGAAUUAUACAUUUAUACUGGACUGCAUCAAGAAAAGAGUGGAGAAAAAUAUGAAGACUUUGGACAGGAAUAACCCCAGGGAUUAUAUAGACUGUUUCCUGAUCAAAAUGGAGAAGGAGGAGAAAAACAAUGGCACCUACUACAAUCACAAUACUUUGUUGAUGAGCGUCAUGAUUUUGGUCUUCGCUGGGGCUGAAACAGUGUCCAAUACUUUGUAUUACCACUUUUUAUUUCUCUUGAAACACCCCAAUGUAGCAGAAAAGGUCAACCAAGAGAUAGAUGAUGUCAUUGGUUUUCGUUCACCAAAUUAUGAGGACAGGCAUAAGAUGCCUUAUACUGAAGCUUUUAUACAUGAGGUUCAGAGACAUGCUAAUAUAGCUCCACUAGGUCUUCCACAUAAACUCAUCAUGGACACAAAGAUUCGUAAUUAUACGUUCUGUAAGGGAACAGUCUUCAUCCCACUACUGACAGGUGUACACUAUGACAAGACCCAGUUCAACAACCCAGAGGACUUCAACCCAAACAAUUUCCUGGAUGAAAACGGGAAGUUUAAGAACCACAAUGCCCUGAUGCCAUUUUCAGCAGGCAAGAGAUUGUGUCCUGGAAUGAGCCUGGCGGUUAUGGAAAUUUUCCUGUAUCUCACUACAAUGCUGCAAAGCUUCACCAUUAAGUCAUUAGUCUCCCCAGAAGAGAUCAACAUUGCUCCAGUGGGAGUGGGGAUUGGAAAUAUCGCUCCCAACUAUGAGCUUAACCUUUUACCACGUUCAUGUUCUCAGGAAUAAAAGGAUUAUGAAGCUAUUUUAUACACACCUGGGAAUGUGAUUUGUGCUCAGCUAAACUUCCAUGUCUUCAAGCGGUGGCGUCGGAAAGGGGGGAGGGGGUAAGGGGGCAGCAUGCCCUCCCCCCAAACAUGAAAGAGACGCAGGUGCUGGGGAGCGCUUGCCUCCGGAUCCCUGCUGAGACACCUACUGUAAAAGUCUGCCUCUUGCGCUGCAACGUGCUAUCCCUUGUCCUGUCCCAGAUGGUUUAUCACCACUGAUGCAUUACCGCGAGGGGGUGGGGAUUUCCCAGCAGGCCCAGCAUGGCCACGCCUCCUCCCAGUAAUGCAUCCCUGAAGAGCGAAGAGCCGACCAGGACAGGACAGCACAUGUGACAACAGGAUGCAGCACCGGUGGCAGCAUUUUUACAGUAGGAGUCUCUGCGGGGAGCCAGUGGUAAGAGCACCCUGCAUGGAGGGGGGAAGGGGUGAAUCGGGGGGAGUGCCAAAAUGGAUUUUUUACUAUGCCCCCCCAACCACAAACCAUUUCUGCACCCCUGAGUCUUCAAGGGAAAGUAAAGUAAUAAUUUCUCAUGUUUUGAGACCAGAGAUGGACUACAUUGAUUUUUGUUGUUUUGUGUAUUGCAUAAAAUAGCAACAAUGAAGGGUUUAUUAAUUUAAUAUUGGCAUCUAGACUUUGUUUUGUUCAUGAAAGUUUCAAGACAUGUGUGAAAUUAUUUCAUUUUAGAAAUGACUAAAGGGAUAAUCUAUAAGAGUAUGAGGGCAGGUCUAGAUAUUUGCAGCGUUUUGGGAUUUUUAUUUAUUUUAUUAUUUUAUGAUGGUGGUGUUGUGGAUUUGGUUACUAUGAAAUUGAAAUAAUACAUUUUACUUUUACCUUUUAUUUUUUUCAUUAUAUCUUAUUUUUGUUAUAGCAAAUACAUAUAUGUACAUAAACAAUAUUAAUUUGCAAAAGUGUUCACAAAAUAAUUUCAUAGAUAAAUAGUAAAUAAUAGAAGUAUGAUUUAACAUAUAAUUGUCUAAUAAGUCAGUGUUUAGGUGCUUGAAUCAGGGUCCACAUGCAGCUUUUUAGGUUGAAUAAAUAAAUUAAAAGGAGCUUUACUGAUGUCAGCAAAAUGCAUAAAUGAAAAACAGGGUACUGGGUACAGGGUAAUCACUCCUUCUGAGUAAUCUGCCAGAUUGUAACAGCAGAGAAACGCGUCAAAUGCAAGGAUUGAUGGCAUCUUCCUCUACCCAGUGCGCUCCCCUGUUUAACUAAUGGCAGCAAACAUGGACACAGACAGCAGCAUACAAGCCGCGGCCUCCCUCCCGCUCCUGACCUUAAAGAUCCAGCCAACACUCACCUAAACAUCAACGGCCAAACAAGCCCUAUUUGAAAAGGAAAGAGUGCAUACUUUAGAAGGCUUCUAAUUGGUGAGAAUGAUCGUAUUCAAGCGGGAAGUAGUAGCAUUCUGCAGGAGGACGAACUGCAUUAUAUUCUUAUAUCUUGAAUUGUCUGUCCAAUUAAGGAUACGUAACUAAUAGCCAGAUGGCUUAAAAAGGAACUGCAGCUUGAGAAACAGCCAUUUUUAUAUACACCUAUAAGUUUAAUGUUUAUUGUUCUAUUGUUCUUAUUCUUGUGUUCUGUUUGGACUAAUUUUAAUAUUUGUUUAAUAAAUUGCAUGAGCGCUC